UAUAACAAAGGGGGAAGAAACAAACGAUUUGAUUUGGCGGAUUCAAUAGAGAAAAAGAGCUUCUGCGUCGGGUAUACAGUACAAUCCUUUUUGAUUAAAAAAAAUGUCGGAAGAACCCCAGAAGACGUCUCCUUCAGCUUCACAGCAACCUUCUCCUUCUGAUAAGAAACCCGAUGAUUCUGGGAUCAAGCCUCAGAAUCCAGAUCGAGCUCCAAUGUAUCCAGGAUUGAAUCCAGGGCAUUACGAUGAACAAACGAACCGGGGAGCUGGGAUCUAUGCGGUUCCUGUGCAUCAUCAUCAAUUUGGAUCUCUUCCCUCUAAUUAUCUUAUCCCUCUCACUUACAAUCUUCCCACAGCUAGACCAAGCAAUGGGACUGAGGCUGGGGGAGAGAACCAAGCCCAAGCUGGGCAAGGUCAGCAGCCGCAACAGCCUGCACAACAACAACAAAGGCAAGUUGUUGUACGGAGAUUCGAGAUCGCCUUUCAGCUUGACAUAUUCCUCAUUCUCAAGCUUGCUGCUGUCAUCUUUCUCUUCAACCAAGAUGGUUCGAGACAGAGGCUUGCUGUCCUUGUGAUUUUCGCUACCAUCAUCUACUUAUACCAAACUGGAGCCCUUGCACCUUUUGUCCGAUGGCUCUCACAAGGUAUGCAUAGAGCCGCUGUACCACCACCUCGACCUCAACCACCUGUUGCUGCCAGAGCUGAUAAUGACCCCGCUGCUGCUGUCCCACUUAACGGAGAUGCGGUCCCCGAGGGACAAGAGAAUGAAGGUGAAAACGGGAACAGAGCAAACGCAAACGAAAAUGUGGAUGCAAGACAACAGGGGAAUCAAUGGUGGGGAAUAGUCAAAGAGAUUCAGAUGAUAGUUUUCGGCUUCAUAACUUCACUUCUCCCUGGCUUCCACAACAUAGAUUAGACUCUUGUUUUCUUCUCUUAUCUUCUGUCGUCUUUGAUCUCGUAUGUGAGAAAGUACAGAAAAUAGUAAACUUAAGACUCGAAUCUUCCAACAACUUUAAUGUAUGUGAGCUACAGUUUUCAUCCU